CUCUCUCCCUCCCUUUUACUUUCUCUGUCGUUCUCAUCGCAAUACGUCUCCGUUGAACUCUCUCUCGGUCGUGUAAAGAACGUGGAGGUUGCGCGCGCAACUAUUUGUCCCGUAUUCCAGGGCCGUACGAUGUAAUGCAGACGGAGUGCGAGUCAAAUAUAACGGAGAUGGAUGGUCCAGGCACGAUUUCUUGGGAUGAAUUUCUUGCAAAUGCUGAAAGUUUUAUAAUAGUCUCAGAUCAGAUUUCUGAUGGAUGGCAAUUACGUGGUAACAAAGAAGUUCCUACAGAAGCAUACUUAGUACGACAAAAAAAGCAUAUUAUUUCGAACGAGAUCAACACAGAAAAUUCUUCGACAAUUGAGAAUUGGAGUGAAAAACUUUGUGAAGAUCCUUACGAAGCUUCAUUUAGAAACGAAAGGCCUUUGAUUAUAGAACAUCACAUUUUAUGGUCUAUGAGCUAUAGCGUACCAGUACUUUAUUUUAAUGGAUGGAAAUCAGGUGAUCUAAAUUGCAAUUAAUCUAGGAUCAUUAAGCUCUUCUUUUUCUACAUAAUUUGGCGAAGAGAGAUACAUAUUUUCCGGGGAUCAAUCGAAUAAGUGUUGAAGAAGCUCAAGGACUUAUUAAUGGUUCCGCUUUAAAUUACUCGGAGUUGUCACAGGCGAUUCAUCCAAUUCUCGGUACACCGUACCUGCAGUUACAUCCAUGC